CAACCGCUGAAGCUCUCAUAAAACACAAGCAAAGUGUUGAUAAAUUAAAGUUAUACAGGACAUUUCAAACAAUUACAUUCGUUGCAUGAAUGAUAUGGUCGGAAGGGCACCAGGAAUAACAUGUAAAGAAAUGUGCAGACGUCUUCAACCCGACAAACCUCCAAAUGGAUUGAGAAUUCCUUUUAAUGCAAGAGGGGGUGGAUGCGGUGCUGCGAUGAGGUCUAUGUGUAUCGGGUUGAGAUUUCCACAUGAUGUGCAAGUCAACGAUUUAGUUGAAAUAAGCAUAGAGUCAGGAAGGCUUACUCACCAUCAUCCAACUGGAUACCUUGGCUCACUAGCAGCAGCUCUAUUUACAUCAUACGCUGUCCAAGACAGGCCACUGAAAGAAUGGGGUAAAGGAUUGUUAACAACACUUGCGAUUGCUAAAGAUUAUGUAUCACAGGAAAAAGAAAACUUACAUCCAGACAUAGACACUAUACAGCAAAAUAUUGAUCACUGGAAUUAUUUUCAAGCGAAAUGGGAAUACUUCCUCCGAAUGAGAAAUAUUUCUGACGGACAAUCCGACCCAAUUUUUUCACCGGACGAAUACCAAGUGAAAAAACGUGACCAGAUGUACCGCAUGCUUAGUUAUGACGACAUCGGCGGAGCAAGUGGUCAUGAUGCACCAAUGAUCGCAUAUGAUGCAUUAUUGGCUUGCAAAGGAAACUGGGAUGAUUUAUGUCAUCGAGCAAUGUUUCAUGGGGGCGACAGUGAUAGCACUGGCGUUAUUGCAGGUUGUCUUUAUGGUAUUUUACACGGCAUUAAUGCAGUCCACAAGAAGAACUAUAAAGGGCUAGAAUAUUUUGACAGAUUGAAAAAUGUUGGCAAAAAAUUGUUCCAUCUAGCAGAAGAGGCAAAUAUUAUGACAAGUACAAUCGAAUUAAAACCAGAAAGUGAUGAGAAGUUAGAAUAUUGUGAUAAAGAUGGUGCUACUAAAUCAUCUUUCUCUGUGUCGUUUAUCGAAGCCGGAGCAAAUCCAGACACCGAAAAAGAAUAGACAAAUACAUGUUCUGUCACGUCAAGUCAAUAAUGAUUUGAUGAACAAGUAACAAAACAAUUCAGCAAACAUAAGCAAAACGAAAACAAUAUAUAGACUAUGAAAAGCCUUUUGG